UAACUUGUUUGACAGGUGUGUGACUCACAGUAAUCCAGUAAGACCAAGCCUUUUCUUGUAUGUUUAUUAUUGGUCUGCAUACAGCCACGUCCAGUAAAAGGAUCAUACCCUCCUGACAAGAGCAAGAAGCCAGAAGACAUUGAGAGGAUUCAAUUCAGGAACCAGGUGUUAAGGGCCCAGCAACAGAAACUCAGCAGAUGACAAUCAGUGAAGAGCUCAUGGAACAUAAGUCAGGAUGGCAUUACCAAAGACUGUAAGAUUUGUGAUUGUUCUUCUGGCUAUUAUCUACAGUCUGGCUCAUCAGGGAAACAGAAUAUCUCUCAAUAUUUUCAUUAAGGAACUGAUGGAUACAAAAGCUUCAGGCAGUCAUACCAUAGAAAAAAGAGUGGCUUCCUUAGAUUCCUCUGAGUACGUAUUCCAAGCUGUUUUGAACUUGUCUGACCUGGAGAGUCUCAGAGCUAUUUUGAGCUCAAACCCUUUCAUUGCACUGAACGACAGUAAUGCUUUAGUUACCAACAUUAAAGCCACAUCAGUGUGUUACUCAAAUGGGACUGCAUUCCAGUGCAGAUGUGAAGAGAACCUUGCUUGGUCAUAUAAUACCUGCAUUAUUUAUGGAGCGUGUGAUGCCAUCAUCGGUGACACGUGUCGAUGCCUUAAUGCUCUUCCAGCUGAUGGCCAAUACUGCCAGACAAUCUCCACCCCACCAGGCACUGUGGACGCUGAUUUGGUCCUUGAGCUGCACAUCCCAGUCUCCACUAUAUCAAUUAAUGGCCUUGAUGUUUUCAGAAAAACUCUGAAAAGUUUCAGAUUCCCCUACAUUGUUGAUCAGACUUUGAACGUAACAGGAGUGAAUAUGACCACAGUUUGCUAUCCAAACUCAACUGGAGGUCUGCCGUGUCAGUGUGAGGAUCAGUUUGUCUGGUCAUGUGACCAGUGUAAGACCUAUGGUGUGUGCGGUAACCUCACCACACAGAACUGUGGAUGCAUAAAUGGACUUCCUCCUGACGGAGGGUUGUGUGAACCAAUCACAAGUGUCGCUCCAUGUCCAACUCCAACUCCAACUCCAACUCCAACUCCAACUCCAACCCCAACCCCAACAUCUGGCACUGUGGACGCUGAUUUGGUCCUUGAGCUGUACAUCCCAGUCUCCACAAUAUCAUUAAAUGGCCUUGAUGUUUUCAGAAAAACUCUGAAAAGUUUCAGAUUCCCCUACAUUGUCGAUCAGACUUUGAACGUAACAGGAGUGAAUAUGACCACAGUUUGCUAUCCAAACUCAACUGGAGGUCUGCCGUGUCAGUGUGAGGAUCAGUUUGUCUGGUCAUGUGACCAGUGUAAGACCUAUGGUGUGUGCGGUAACCUCACCACACACACCUGUGGAUGCAUAAAUGGAGUUCCUUCUGACGGAGGGUUGUGUGAACCAAUCACAAGUAUCGCUCCAUGUCCAACCCCAACCCCAAUCCCAACCCCAACUCCAACCCCAACCCCGACUCCAACCCCAACCCCAACCCCGACUCCAACCCCAACUCCAACCCCAACUCCAACAUCUGGCACUGUGGACGCUGAUUUGGUCCUUGAGCUGCGCAUCCCAGUCUCCACCAUAUCAUUAAAUGGCCUUGAUGUUUUCAGAAAAACUCUGAAAAGUUUCAGAUUCCCCUACAUUGUCGAUCAGACUUUGAACGUAACAGGAGUGAAUAUGACCACAGUUUGUUAUCCAAACUCAACUGGAGGUCUGCCGUGUCAGUGUGAGGAUCAGUUUGUCUGGUCAUGUGACCAGUGUAAGACCUAUGGUGUGUGCGGUAACCUCACCACACAGAACUGUGGAUGCAUAAAUGGACUUCCUUCUGAUGGAAGGUUGUGUGAACCAAUCACAAGUAUCGCUCCAUGUCCAACCCCAACCCCAAUCCCAACCCCAACCCCAACUCCAACCCCAACCCCAACCCCAACUCCAACUCCAAGUCCAACAUCUGAGCCAAAUGUCGAGAGGAAUUUCUCGUUUACCAUGGCCCUGGACUACGAUCCUGCCUUCAACAAACACAGCAAUAGAGUUUAUCAAGAUGUUAAUGCCGCUAUUCAAAAGCAAAGUAGGAAGCACAUCCCAACCUUAAAAUCAGCUACGUUAACAGGAUUCAGGAGUGGAAGCACCGUCGUAGAUUACAGCAUCACAGCAACUGCAUUUGAAGAAACCCAAAUCGAAGCAUUAAAAAUUGGGAUAUUUUCAAAACUGGCAGAAAACUAUUUUAUGAUUUUUGACAGCCCAACAAAUGUAAAGUUUGAUCAGCCUUUUUUUGGAAAAAGGGGGAUUUUGACUUGUGGUCCAAUACCACCUUAUCUCAGUUUCACUGGCAGCUGGACCAGAGAGUGGAGACGUGAUGGCGAGUUAAUACUUCAAGAUAGUCUACACAUUUUUUCGAACAACAGCGAAAGUGAAACUUUAACAGUGUCAAAAUUUUUUGCCACUGACAAUGGAAGCUACGAAUGUAGGCUGGAAGAAGGAAACAUCUUCAGACAGAAAUCCAACAAAUUUUUCUCUUAUAAGGACGAACCAUUAGUCCAAGUAUCACCAGUGAAAAUAAGGGUCAAGUGUGAGGAAGAAAAGAAAGUGUUACUGAAGUGCUCUGUCAACAGCCCCUACCAGGUUGAGUUUAAAGAUGUUGGAUCCAAAAAAGGUCCUGAAAUCACAUAUACACAUAAAAUUGAGACGUGUCCAACCCCGACGAAGAAGUUCAUUUGUCAAUCGAAAAACUUCUCUGAUUUUAAAAAUGAAAUAACAUUGGAGUUCGGCACGGGGGACUUCUUAUGUGUCAAUGAAAUUAAGUUUGGCGUUGGAAAUCUUGGUGACCGGGCUGACGGUGCUUGCAAUUCAACUGAGGUGGGGAAAACGAUAGCAGAGUGUCAGAGAAAUGGAAACUGGAAAGAUGUAGAAGACCAAUGCAUCCUAAAGGAAAUUCAGGCGCUGCUUAACCAGUCUGAGUUCCUGAAUAAUAAUUCACUGGCAGCAUUCCUGAAACAACUCAGAAAUGUCACUCUGAAGUUCAGAGAGAAAGUGGUUGAAUCAUCGGCCAACAUUAAUGCCAUCGUUACAAUAUUCAAUAAUGUAGCAAGCACGACAUCAUCUUUAAAUAUCUUGAUAACUGAAACUGAAAUGAAGGAUGUCCUACUCACUGCAGGUGUCCUCACUGCAGAUGAGUCAAGGCAACGAUGGGACUUUCUAAACACCAAUUCCACUGUAAAGAGCUCAGUAGCAAAACGUAACGUCCGCAAAGCUGCUACUGCCAGCUCAUUAUUUUUGCUGUCUCUUGAGACUAUAACAAGUAACAUUAACAGUAACUCUUUUGAGAUUGUUACACCUUCUAUUCUCUUGAACAAAACCACAUUCACAGACACCUUCAGUGGUGACUUUAAUUCUUCAGUGGAGAUAGACAUACCAGAGGCUAAUGGAGGAAGUGAGUCGAUCACUGUGAUAACAUUUUCCUCAAUGGAUAACGUGCUCCCAGCAAGAGACGAAGUCAAUUCAACCCUCAAUUUCAUCAAUGGGAAGGUCGUGCUUGUCCAGUCCGCUGCCACCGUCAAUAAUAUUUCCUUUGCCUUUGAUAUCAUCAACAUUACUCUGGGAAACCCACAGUGUGUUUUCUGGAACUUCAGCCUCUUCGAUGGCCUGGGAGGAUGGGACGACGAGGGCUGCAAUUUGACAUUCAACGUUAACAAUACUGUCACCUGCACAUGCAACCAUCUGACCUCUUUCUCCAUCCUUAUGUCACCCUUUGUUCCUGAUUUCCCUCCAUUGGAUUAUAUAACCUAUAUUGGAGUUGCCAUAUCCAUGGCCUCCUUGGUUAUAUGCCUCAUCAUUGAAGCUGUCAUAUGGAGAAAAAUUCGAAAUAAGACCACCCCCUACUUGCGUCAUGUGUCCAUUGUAAACAUUGCUUUGUCGCUCCUGAUUGCAAACAUUUGGUUUAUUAUUGCAGCAGCCAUCUCAGAUGCGGAAGUGAAAAACCAACCAGCAUGCACUGCAGCUACCUUUUUCAUCCAUUUUUUCUACCUAGCCAUGUUUUUCUGGAUGUUAGCCUCAGCUCUGCUUUUGCUCUACCGCACAGUCAGUGUGUUUGGCGGGGAUUUGUCUAAGCAUUCUUUGUUGGCUAUCGGAUUCUGUCUAGGCUAUGGGGCACCCCUCAUCAUUGUAAUCAUAACCAUAGCUGUAACUGCACCCGCAAACACCUACAUCAGAGAAACUGGGGUCUGCUGGCUCAACUGGAAUCAGUCCAUGGCUCUACUGGCAUUUGUGAUCCCUGCACUGAUUAUAGUGGUAAUAAACCUGGGCAUCCUGAUUGUGGUGUUGUACAAAAUGUUGAGGAGAAGGGCAGUGGUAGAUGCUGCACAGGCCGCAGAGAGGAACGCUCUUGUGGUUAUUGCUCGGACUUUGGCAUUCCUCACACCAUUUUUUGGAUUAACUUGGGGUCUGGGAGUUGGAACUAUGACUGACCCACACAACAUAGGAAUCCAUAUUUCAUUUGCAUUCUUCAAUUCACUGCAGGGUUUCUUCAUAUUGUUGUUUGGAACACUGUUGGACAAAAGGGUGCGGACAGAAAUAGCAUUGAUGUCACAGACAUCCAGAAGUGGGACAAGGAGCACCAGCGGUGGAAUGUCAUCAUCAAACGGACUGGGCAUUUUCCGCAACUGGAGAAGAGGAAGAGAUGGUUACAACGUGUCAUCUAAUGAAUCGGGUGUAUCGCACUCCUUCGUCAACACUUGAUGAUCGGCGUUGGCAAACCAACUAUAACACAAUUUUCUUUUCUUCAUUGCAGCUACAAACAAGGAAAGAUGAGCAUUUAUUUAAAUCAUAAAUUAUAGAUUUUAUUUAGUCAAAGCAUUGCUCACAACAACACUGAUGCAAUUAGCAUAAAACGAUUUAUCUAGUCUUACAUACUUUUUGUUAAUGUAACAUAUAAAUGGAAUUAAUGAAUGAUUUGAUCGUAUGAAUGAUCAUGUUUUUCUUUUAUUUUGUUACAUCUUCUGUCUUGUUUACACAGUCACAUUAUGUGAACUGGUCAGGUCCCCAUUGAAUGUGAUGCUUUACAUUAUAUUGUGAAGACACACAUCAAGGUUUGUGUAAGCUUAGGAUUUGGCAAGUAGGGGUAAUGGUACAGGGUUAGAUUAAGUAACUAGGAAAUUAAGUCAAUGACAUCAGAACUUUUCAAGACAUGGCUGUGUGUGUGUGUAUGUGUGUGUGUGUGUGUGUGUGUGUGUAAUAGACAAUCAAAUGUCCACAGAGUAGAUGCAAAAUGGUUUGUUAUGGUUUGCCAAUCAAAUCAGUUACACAGCGCAAAUUGUGUUACACAGAUCAGUGAACUUGUUUACUUAAGGGGUGGCAUCACAAUGACAAGUUGUCUUAGUAUCAGGUAAAUGGAGCACCAGGAAUCACUAACAGGUUAGGGUUGAUAAUUUUGGUGUGUGUGAUAGGUGUGUGUGUGUGUGUGUGUGUGUGUGUGUCCAAAAAGGACUCUCCCUACCCCCACUGUCUAAGUGCCCCUGCGCAAGGCACCUUACUCCCCCAACAUCUGCUCCCCGGGCGCCGUACAUGGCUGCCCACUGCUCUGUGUGUCCUGCUAUGUCCACCAGAUGGGUCAAAAGCAGAGGACAAAUUUCCAUCAUCUGCAUGUAGUGUGACUGUGCAUGUAUUUGGGAUCAAUAAAUGUAUCUUAUCCUUUUUUAAUCCUAAAAAAAUCUUAUUCAGUGUGUUUUUUUUGCAGUCCUGUGCAACAUAAAACUGAUAAAGUCGCAAGAUCACAGUUUUAGAUUGUAGUAGUGGGUGACAUGGUCACUAACAAAUGAUACAGAAAUGUCCAACUUUAUCAAUUCUCCAUCAUUCCUGUUCUUCCAAUCGUAUUUCAGGAACUUGAAUUCUUAGUACUGAAAUUGCAGAAGUAAACAUUUCAGUUAAUUUGCAUUUAUUGUUUUUGCCUGGGAGUGAAAAACAAAGCAGCACAGUGGAAGUAACAAAGAAGCCAAUUGUGAGUCACAGCAUUUAUGUAAAGUAAUUCUCCUUCAGAACCACAGGCAACAAUGACUUGCACAGAAUACAAUAGUCACACUACCUGUUUUUAUAUAAUGCAUUUGAUAGUGUAAUAAGUAAUAUUGGUAUGCCUCCAUUACCUGGUUCAAAUUUGGUGCUCAAAGGUCAGUGUCAGGGUUCUCGAAGCAUGUUUUUGCCCCCUUGAAUGUGAUAUCUCAAGGCCCCCAUGAGGAAAUUUCUUCUCCACUUGACCAGUUGUCACUUAUAUGGAUGGAAUUGAAUGGAAAGAAGAUCUAUGUUGACUUAAAUUCUUGUCAGAGGUGAACAACCGCAGUGCUUUAUUUCUUAUAUUAAACAUUGUUUUUGUAAUAGAGCUUAUGUGUAUCUUAAAUAAAUGAUGUGUGUGUCAGUAAAGACAAGUUCUGAUCUCUAUAUUUGUACACUAAAGAUUUGUGAGAGAAGCCUUAUACAAUUUUAUUUUAGUAUGAUGACAAUAAAGAUAUUUGAAUUUUAA